AGGUUGGUCAGACAUUAGUCUUGUGAUCCAACAGCUGAGAGAGGUGCGAAUGUGCGACAAGUAGAAUUUUAAUUUUAUGUAACUGCAAUAUUAAUUGAAAUAUACGAUUUUUAAGGGACGACAGCAAAAAUGGUGGACCGUGCGCAUAUUAAAGAAAUAAUACCGGCUCUGCCCGAUGAAAAAAUCGAUAUGCUGGCAGCUACAAGCAUUCUUCAACAACAAGCUGCUGAUAUUAGAAAUCAAAGAAUCAAUUGGCAAUCAUAUUUACAGUCUCAAAUGAUAUCAAAGGAAGAUUAUGAUUUCAUAGUUUCUUUUGAUACAAGCGAUGGUAAUGCUCGAGAAGCGAAGCUCAAAGAAAAUGCACAUCAGGCGGCUAAAACUUUCCUUAAUUUACUUGGUCACGUUUCAAAAGAUCAAACUAUACAAUACAUUCUUACAAUGAUCGAUGAUAUGCUUCAGGAAGACCGUAGCCGCGUAGAGAUCUUCAGGGAACAUUCAAGUCGCAAACGCGAAUCAGUAUGGGGUCCUUUUUUAAAUCUGUUGAACAGACAAGAUGGAUUCAUAAUGAAUAUGACUUCUCGAAUCAUUGCCAAACUUGCUUGUUGGAGUCAUGAUUUAAUGGAAAAAACUGAUCUUCAAUUCUACUUAACAUGGCUUAAAGAUCAGUUGAAGCUCAGUUUUGAGGCCCUUCAGGAUACAAACUUGCAUGCAGGGAUAGAACAAAACAUCAUUACGGACAAGGAGGCGAAUGAACUACGUGAACUACAAAAUCCGAACAACGACUACAUUCAGUCCGUCGCGCGUUGUUUACAAAUGAUGCUUCGCAUAGACGAAUACCGUUUUGCAUUUGUAUCAGUCGAUGGAAUUUCCACUUUGCUGGCUGUUUUGACAGGCAGGGUAAACUUUCAAGUGCAAUACCAACUAAUAUUUUGUAUAUGGGUACUUACAUUCAAUCCAUUACUUGCAGAGAAAAUGAACAAAUUUAACGUUAUACCCAUCUUAGCAGAUAUACUAAGCGAUUCUGUUAAGGAAAAAGUAACACGUAUUAUUUUAGCAGUAUUUAGGAAUCUUAUUGAAAAAGUGGAGGAUGGACAAGUUGCAAAAGAGCACUGCAUUGCUAUGGUACAAUGUAAAGUAUUGAAGCAACUUUCUAUCCUUGGACAGCGUAAAUUCGACGACGAAGAUAUCACUGACGAUAUUGAAUUUCUGAACGACAAAUUGCAAGCGUCCGUUCAAGAUUUAAGUUCCUUUGACGAGUAUUCGACCGAGGUAAAAUCGGGACGCCUCGAAUGGUCUCCUGUUCACAAAUCCGGUAAAUUUUGGCGAGAGAAUGCUAAUCGACUCAACGAGAAGAAUUACGAACUGCUGCGUAUUUUGGUACAUUUGUUGGAAACCAGUAAGGAUCCUCUGGUUCUCAGCGUAGCCAGUUUUGAUAUUGGAGAAUACGUAAGACAUUAUCCACGUGGUAAACAUAUAAUUGAACAACUUGGUGGUAAACAACGGGUAAUGCAACUUUUGGGACACGAAGAUCCUAAUGUGAGAUAUGAAGCACUUCUUGCAGUUCAGAAACUGAUGGUGCAUAAUUGGGAAUACUUAGGAAAACAAUUGGAAAAAGAACAAACUGGAACGUCAGGUUCUUCAGGAAACAAACCUGGCACGCAAGUUCCAGCAAAAGCUUAAACGAACGCGUAAGUUUUUUAAUCGUAAAUUUUGCUUGAAACAUGUACAUUUUGUCUUCUUCUCAUAUUUCCUUCAGAUAGCUUAUUUUCAUUGUAUUAAAAAUCGAUAUAAAAACAUGUUUUUGGCAUUAAAAUUACAUUCCUUCGAAUUCCAAUAUAGUUAUAUGUGAAUAUAUAAAUAAUUCAUUGAGUUUGGAAUUCCGUGAAAUUAUAACAAAAUGUAUAUAACUGAUGUUAGUGUUGUACUAACUGUUGUAUAGUAACAGUUAGUUAAAUAAACAGUGUAUUUGUAGAAUAAUGUUGUUGGGUUUGUAAGUAAAAAGUUUAAUGGAAUGUUG